AUGUCAGAUAUCAAAAAGAGAUCCCUCUCAUUGUAAAACAGUGUAAUAUUUACCCCUGAAUAAUAUUAAAAAUCUGAAUGCUCCCCUGAAAAGAUUAAGAGAUAAUCUCAAAGAUAAUAAUAAACAAUCAUUUUAAGUACUCCAGUAAGUCUUUUUAUUAAUAUAAGAUUAAAAUUGUGGAGAAGAGCACUUCUAACUUAUUUGAUAUUUAUAUAGAUGGAAACCAGACGGUUAAAGAAGGAUGGUUAUACUAAAGUAAGAAGGUUUAUGUUCAACUCACAAGACAGUCAAUAAGGGAAUUUAAUGAUGAACAAAAAACUUCAUUGAUUAAAAUCAUUUCUUUAAAAGAGUUUGAAUUCAAUGUCUUGUAGGAAAAAUAGAUUAUUAAAAUAUAGUUCCCUCAAUUAAAUUAGAUACUCAUUUACUAAGCUAAAGAUGCUGUUGAGGCUAAGAUGUGGAUUGGAUGUUUAAAUAUUGUUUUAGAUAGACACAGAAAUCAUCCAAAAAAUAAAAUAUAAUUAUAAGAAGUAUCAAAAUACUUUGGAAUUGAUGUGAUUUCAGAAGAUUACUUUUUAAAAAUAGUAGAAUCAGGAGAUCUUCUUCUUUUUGAAACCAAUAACACAGGAGCCAAAUUAUAGAGAGUAUUUACAAAUACUAAAUAUGAUCAUGUGGCUAUUGCAAUUAAGAUGGCUAACAAAUAUCUCUUUGUAUUUGAUGCCAAUGCAGACACAGGAGUGACAUUUAUGGAGUGGUCAUAAUUCAUUGAAAUUAAUGACCUUUAUGAGAAGUAAUCUAAAAGUUUACCAAUUUUAGACUGGCAAUCAGAAAACUAAUAGGCGUUGAUAGAAUUUAAAUAGAAUAAAAGUUGAUUGAAUUCCUACAACAAGUUCAUGGAAAGAAAUAUGAAGUAACUUUCAGUAAGCUCUUUAGAUAAAAGAGUUUAAGCCCCUCUAAAUCUAAUGAAAGUUUCUUUUGUUCAGAAUUAGUGGCUAAAGCAUUUAAAUAUUGUGGAUUGCUAGAAUCACAUAAAGCAAGUUGUUCAUUCUUACCUGUAGAAUUUACUAAAAAGCUUAAAUUAACUAAUCAAACACAGAUCACUGAUGAUAUUGUUGUGAUACUUAAAAAACAUUUAACUAAAUGA